UUCUCUCAUCCAUUCCAUUACAUGCUCUAACUAGCUAUAUAUAUCUACCAGCAGAAAAAAGCACUUCAACAUUAACCCACUUCUCCAUCAAAGCCUGAUUUUUCUUGUGUCCAAAACUUGUUUUAAUGGUUUUGAUUUAAAACAACAAAAAAAGUUGUUUAAAUCAAAACUUCUCAUUUUGAGGAAGGUGUGGUUCUUAAUUAUUUUGUAGCAGACACAACCCAAGACCAUGGGAAAUUGUGUGGAGACAUGCACAGAGAGGCAGCAAGGAGAGGAUCAAAUGCAGCAGCAAAAGCAUGAGCAAGAAGAAAGACAAAAUGAAAUUAGGUUUGUGAAAGAGAAAGAGAGCAAUUUGAGCAAAGAUGGCAACAUAAGGGUGAAGAUUGUGUUGACCAAGGAAGAGCUAGAGUGGUUGAUGCUUCAGCUGAAAGAUAGAGGAGGGAAGAGCUUGGAAGAUGUUUUGGAGGAGAUCCAGAGAAGCAGAGCUAAAGUUGAGGAAGGGUGGAAGCCUUCUUUGGAGAGUAUCAUGGAGUGCCCUGAAGUAAAUGAGAUGGAUAGAUGAGUCUCAAAAUCCAAACUCUUUUUGUUUUUCUUUGUUUGCAGAGUUUAAUUUGAUGUGGGUGAUGAUCCAAUUUUGUAAUUAAAAGUUUCUGAAAUGGUGAGCCCAGAUGUGGUUUGAGAUGUAAAACAACUUUCCCUUGCUCUGAUCUUGGUCUUCUUCCAUAUUUUCAAUUGGGAAUUUGGGAUUGUUUUUUUUAGUACAAGCGAUUGGGUGAGGAGGGGAGUGUACACACAAAUAUAAUAUUGAUUGGGUACUUGAGGGUUUCAAACCUCUGUACACAUGAGUGGAGAUGGAAGAGCUCAUCCAACAAAACUGUACCAGUGAAUUUGGGACUGUAUAAAAUGACCAAAUUUGAAUC